GAAAAAGGACCAGUGACUUUGCAAAUCCCUGUAUUUUGUUCAGUCUGGAACAAAUUGCCACGGGCGUCUUAGUUUGGAGGCUUUUCCAGAGGGCCUGCGCUUUCAGUGCGUUUCUCACACGACAAGUUGCAUGCAACCAACCAAAUAUACGUGCCAAGUCUUCGUGUCUCACUAGGUUAGGCUAAUUCGCCUGCACCUGACGCGCCCAACCGCAGCAGCGCCAUGCGGGUACCGCCUGGCACCGACAUCACCAGCGGCCCCCACGCUCCAACUCAGCUCCAGCUCCUGCCCCUGGCCUCCGGCCGCCGUGCUGCCAGGACUUGUGCACUAGCCCACGCACAGCAAUGGCGGCGCGUCAGCUGCUGUUGUCCCAGGCGCCAGCUACCGGCGCCGGGCUCGCAGCGGCGGCCGCUGCCGCCAGUGGCCGCAGCGCCCGGGAGCGAUGGUGACGUGGGCGGGACGCGUAGCCGUCGCCAUCCCGACCUCCUUAGGGUGGCGCAGGGAAAGGACGGCAGCAGCAGCAGAGGCAAUGACGGCAGUGGCAGCAGCAACAGCGGCGACAGCAGCAGCAGCAGUGGCAGUAGCAGCCUUGGUGGGAGGUCAGCACGUGUAAUGGGCGGGGCUGUGGCGCCUGCGCCUGCAGACGCACCUGCGCCGGACCCGCUGCGCCCGGAGCAAGUGGACGACCGAUACCGCAGGGCGGACUACAGUGAUGUAUUCCAGUACGAGUCACGACAGGCCUUUGCCCGCGCCAUAGCUGGUGGCGAGCCGCGCAUGCGUCUGGCUGAGGCGGCGCUUCACGUGACGGCGGAGGACGACGCCAUUGCCUCGCUGUCCACGGUGCGCUUCCCGGUGGCGGCCUGGCUGGAGCGCAUAGACCGGCUGGUGGACCAGCUGUGCGCCGUCAACCUGCGCCGAGCAGCCACUGCCACAGCCACAGCCACCACAGGGGCAGCAGCGAUGGCAGCUGGUGCCGCUGGUGCUACAGCCGGGGGUGCCGGGGCAGAGGCAGAGGCCGCGGCUGUAGCUGCGGAGGCGGGCGGCGUGCUGCGGGUGGUGGAGCGCUACCUGUGGGAGGAGUGCGGCUUCAGGGCGCCCGACUACGGCCGCAGCAACCUGCCGGUCAAUGCCGUGGUGGACCACGCAGGCGUGUGGGAGGACGCACGCCUGGGGUACUUGCAUGAGACGCUGGUGCGGCGCCAGGGCCACCCCGCCACGCUGGGCCUGCUGCUGGGUGACGUGUGCGCCCGCCUGCUGGACCGAGGCAGGCUGCCCUGCGCCGCGGCCAUCGACACGCAGGGCUUCCAGUACCUGCCGCGGGCGGUGGCGCUGCCGCAGCUGACCCGGGAUGUGCUGGCGGUGGCAGCGGCGGCGGGCGGCGGCAGUGCAGGCGGCGGUCCGGUGGGCGGCCUCAACACCUGCACCAGCGAGGUGCUGGUGGAGAUGCUGCGCCACCUCAAGCGCGCCUACUGGCCCUUCGCCUGGGACUCGGGCGAGCACCUGGACGCGGCGUACCCGGGGGGCGGCGCCGCCAGCCACGGCGGGUUUAGGUCUGCCGCCAAGCUGGCCACCGGGGAGGAGAUGUCCGCUGCACUGGCGGCUAUAGCCAAGCAUCGGCAGUCAACAGCUAUUUCGCGACAACCCUCUGGGCCUGGCUAGUGUGGUCUACGUGGCGUUUAUUCUGCCCACACGCAGCCAACGCCGGCGCGGCAUUCGGCCCGCACUCUAC